AUGGGUGAUCCAUCUGGCGCACAAGAGCUCCCCGAGCGUAUUCUGCACCGGGAUCUUGCCGAGUAUGCCCAACGACCUCGCACCGAUGGACCGUACGCUGACAACCUGGACGUUGACGUCCUGAUCGUCGGCGCCGGAUUUGCGGGAACAUAUCUACUCUACCUGAUGCGCCAAACAGGUUUCAAAACCGUCCUGUACGAAGCAGGAAACAGCUUUGGAGGAACCUGGAAAUGGAAUUGCUAUCCCGGCGCUCGUGUGGACUCUGAGGUCCCCAUAUACCAGCUCUCCAUACCCGAGGUGUACAAGACGUGGACGUGGACGACCAACUACCCGGACUGGCACGAGCUCCAAGCAUACUUUGACCAUUGUGACAAGGUCCUGGGGCUGAGCAAGGAUUGCGCGUUUGGCAGCGUGGUGACUUCGGCCGAGUUCGACACGGACUCGGGAAAGUGGAACAUCAAGACCGCCGACGGCCGCAACGCGAGAUGCAAGUACCUCAUCAUCGGCGCCGGGUUCGCCGCGAAGAGGUACAUCCCCGACUACGCCAGCAUGGACCGGUUCAAGGGCGUGAUGCACCACUCGUCCUUUUGGCCGCCUGAGGGCGUCGACGCCCGCGGCAAGAAGGUCGCGGUCAUCGGGACCGGCGCGUCGGGCGUCCAGAUCAUCCAGGAAUGGGGCCCCGAGGUCGAGCACCUCACCGUGUUCCAGCGCACGCCCAACCUGGCCCUGCCCAUGGGCAAGAGGGACAUGACGGCCGAGGAACAGCGGGCCCUGUACCCGGUGUACGACGAACUGUUGCGGAUGCGCGAGUCCACGUUCGCCGGCUUCACCUACGACUUUGCCGAGCGCAACACGUUCGAGGACUCGCCCGAGGAGCGCGAGGCCCUGUACGAAUCCCUCUGGGCCAAACAGGGGUUCGGCCUCUGGCUCGGCAGCCACAAGGACUACCUGUUCGACAUGAAGGCCAACAGGUGCGUGUACGACUUUUGGCGCAAGAAGCAGGCGGCGCGCGUCACGGACCCGGCGAAGCGGGAGCUUCUCUGCCCCACGGAGCCGCCGCACGCGUUCGGCGUGAAGAGGCCCUGCCUCGAACAGAACUACUACGAGGUCCUGGACAGGGACAACGUGACAAUCGUCGACAUCGGCGAGAAGUCGGGCAACUCGAUCGCCGAGUUCACCGAAAGGGGCAUCAGGACGGCGGACGGCAAGGAACACGAAUUCGACAUCAUCGCCCUGGCGACGGGGUUCGACAUCACCACGGGCGGGAUGACCAACAUGGGCCUCAAGUCCAUCAAUGGUACCACGCUGAAGGACGAGUGGAAGAAGGCGGCGUACACCUACCUCGGGACGACGAUUUCGGGAUAUCCCAACAUGUUUCAUUUAUACGGCCCUCACGGUCCCACACUCUUGAGCAACGGGCCCAGCAGCGUCGAGGUCCAGGCGCGCUGGAUCCGCGACGCCAUCAAGCUCGCCGACAGGGAGGGCCUCAAGUACAUCAACCCGACCCAAGAGGCGAGUCGGAAGUGGAAAGACAGGAUCAACGAACUGAGUGACAUGACCCUCCUCCCCACCACCAAGAGCACCUACAUGGGUGGUACCGUCCCCGGCAAGGCUUUUGAACAGGUCAAUUACGCCGGCGGCAUCCCACUGUACGUCAAGGAGAUCAGGGCCGUCUUGCCCGGCUUCGUCGGAUUCGAGACCGUAAAGGCCUAGGAGCCGAAACGUCG